AUGAGUGGGAAAAAAUUAUACAUUGGCUUCACCAGUGUAAACACGAAGGACUAUAUAGUAGUCCCUAAAUGCAUGAAAUGCCAAGAUCUCGGUCAUAUUGGCAAAAACUGCUCAAAAACAGAAAAUGUAUGUAGCCACUGCGGAGACAGUGGACAUGAAAAGAAGGAAUGUCCGAAAAAGCAGGACCCGAGUACUUGCAUGCCAUGCAAGAAUAGGGGGAAAUUCUGCAAAAACGGGUCAGACUGCCAGACGCACAAGAUGCUGCUGGACAGGAUGAUCCAAAAGACCGACUAUGGCCAGUAA